UUUUUUUUUUUUUGUUUGGACGAAAUAAAUGUGUACCUGGUUGUGCGGCUGGCAGUGGCGGGUGUGGAAAAUGAAGCGCCACCAGAUAAGAGACAAACGUGAGUGUCCGAGAGACUGAGAAUUGAAUCUUACAUUUACAGUUUACUAUAAAAAUCGAACUUGGAAACUAAACAUGAACAAGAAAGGGUUGGCCAUUUUGAUGCGAACCAGAAUGAGGCCCAACGACGCCAGAGACUUCGCUCGCUCUCCUCUCGCCAACCUGGUUAACCAAACGCUGCCCAAUUCCGAUGGAAGCCAAUCAAGUGGACGACUGGUGCAAGGUGCUCCACAACAACGAAACGAAAAGCUCAAUGCCUCGAGCAACAAUGAGAGGGAUUUUGAAGUUGUACGUGAGUCCAUGCACUCGGCGAUUUCACUGAGCAAAACCGAAAUCUUAGACUCUGUACUGAAUGAUUUCUCGGAGGGAUAUUUUAGCCUCUCUUAUGAGAACCGUCGAAAAUUACUUGAACUACUUGCCAAGGAGUAUGAUCUUAACAGGACACAAGUUCGCGAUUUGAUAAAGCAAUAUUUGGGUCUUGAGCUUCCUGGUGGCAGUGACAAUGCUCCCUCAACUGGCACUGAAGAGGAGGCUUGUCUUUCUGCUUUCUAUCGUAUUGAGCGAAAUCUAAGAUAUGCUCUCAAGCCGGCGUACGAAGUUCUAUUUGAGCGGCUGAACACGCAUCCCGGCGGGUUGAAGUUCUUGUCCAUUCUUCGAGCUGAUAUUCUAUCCAUUCUCGCAGAGGAAAAUAUUGUGUCUUUGCGAGCAUUGGAUUCCUACUUAAAGGAAAAACUUAGUACUUGGCUUAGCCCUGCUGCAUUAGAGCUUCACCAGAUCACAUGGCAUGAUCCAGCCUCUUUGCUGGAAAAAAUUGUGGCUUAUGAGGCUGUGCACCCAAUUAGCAAUCUUAUAGAUCUCAAGAGAAGGCUGGGACUCGGUCGCCGUUGUUUUGGAUAUUUACAUCCAGCAAUACCUGGUGAACCGCUUAUUUUCAUUGAAGUUGCACUCAUGAAGAAUGUGGCUCAAACAGUACAGGAAGUUUUGUGGGAUGACCCUCCUAGUCCCGAAUGUGAGGCUACAAGCGCUUUGUUUUACUCCAUAUCAUCAACUCAGCCUGGCUUACAAGGGAUCAACCUGAGAAGGUUUCUAAUCAAACGUGUGAUCACACUUGUGAAAAGAGAAAUGACAAAUAUUUCUACAUUUGCGACUCUCAGCCCCAUCCCAGGGUACAUGCAGUGGCUCCUAUCUAAGCUGGCUUCUCAAUCAAAACUUUCUGAAGGUGAAGACAUACAACAUUCGCCAGCUGAUACAUCUGGUUCUACGUUUUGGGAGAACAUACUUGAACCAGAAGAGGAAAGAGCACUGAUGGAUGCCUCUGUGGAAUUCACUUCUGGGAAAAACAGCAUGGAAGUGUUGUUCAAUUUAUUGACUUCACCAAACCAUGAGUGGACAAGUUCUGAUAAAUUGCUUUCAGCAUUAAAACCCUCUCUAAUGCGACUGUGUGCCAGGUACCUUCUGCAAGAGAAAAAGAGAGGAAAAGCUCUGGAUUCUGUUGCAAAUUUUCACUUACAAAAUGGAGCUAUGGUUGAAAGAAUAAAUUGGAUGGCAGAUCGGUCAGAGAAAGGCCUUAAUCAAAGCGGAGGUAUCAUGGUGAACUAUGUUUACAGAUUGGGGAAAAUUGAAGACUAUGCUCGGUCAUAUUUCAGUUCAGGGCAUAUCCAUACUUCUAGCGAUCUAAGCCGUUAUGUUAAGCCAUUGGAGGAACCUCAAGUGACAACAUUAUAGGCGGGUUGAAAUUCAAUGUAUGUAUCUCCUUACUGGUAAUUUGGUGGUUCUCUGUAAUGGAAAACCAUUGUUUAUAAAUUUGUGUACAGAGAUUGUUAUAAGCAGUUCAAAUGUUUGCUGUCGCCGUUGAUGGUUUUCUUUGAUUCUUGUCGCGGAGAUUGUGCCAUAAUAUAGAUUGUAUUUCAAGAUUGUAGACAGGCAGCUAUAUAUAAUGAAAUAAGUAAGGGAUUACAUAUGGUUUGAAAUUGAA